AUGUUUUUCGGUUGCACGGGAUCCCCCAGGACAUUGUGUCGGAUCGGGGUCCUCAGAGGGGAGAUUGCCGUUCCUGCGGUGCGGGAUCACUUGCAGCGCAGUAGGAGGAUUUGGCGUGCGGCCAGGGCGGCGCUUCUCCAAACUACAACACGGACUUGCCGCACCGCCGAUCGGAGGAGGACACUGGCACCCCAAUAUGCCGUGGGACAGCGGGUGUGGUUGUCCUCUGCGAACAUUCCGCUCAAGUCCAUGUCCCGGAAAUUGGCCCCUCGCUUUUUGGGCCCCUUCACUGUUCGGCGCAUCAUCAAUCCUGUGUCGGUGCGGCUGCAGCUGCCUGCGUCGAUGAAGGUUCAUCCCACGUUCCACGUCUCCCAGCUUAAACCGGUGUCCAGUAGCCCGCUGUGCCCACCUGCCGGACCCCCUCCGCCCGCCAGGGUGGUGGAUGAUGCUCCUGCUUAUUCGGUUCGUCAACUGUUGGAUGUGCGUCGUCGGGGACGCGGCUACCAGUUCUUGGUUGACUGGGAGGGUACGGCCCGGAGGAACGGGCCUGGAUCCCUGGUUCUCUUGUUUUGGACCCUGGUCUUAUUGCAGACUUUUAUAGGAGACAUCCUGACAAGCCUGGUGGGCCGCCGGGAGGCGUCCCUUGAAGGGGGGUACUGUUAG